CCUUGCUGCUGGCGCUGCGUAUAUAAUCGAUUUUACUUCCAGAAACUCCGAAGACAAAUCCUCCUGCUCCAUUCUGAUUCCCCAAUCCCCAUCGAUUUCCCCCCCAAACCCCUCCAUAAACCCUAGCUCGCCGUCGCCGACCUUAAUGCCGCCGCGCCAGGACGCCAGCGGUGGCGGCGGCGGAGCGUCCACCGCUGCUUGCCCGCCGAAUCCCGCUGCGCCGCAGGCCGCCCCGCCGCAGCCCACCAAUGGCAAGGGGAGGAUGGCGGGCGACGACCUGCCGGAGAAGGACCUCGAGCUCAAGCAGCGCCUCGAGCAGUGCGUGCUGCUGGCGCAGGACGCCGACCCCGCCGCCCAGAAACGCGCAAUCAUCACAUUGAGGAGAGAAAUUCGUAAAGCGUCAAGUUCAGUCCAAGAUAUCUUGAAACCGCUCAAGUUCCUCUGCCCCCACUACGGAACACUCAAGAGUUAUUUUGAGACAAUGCCUGAAUCUGUUUUGAAGACAGCUAUGGCUGGUGUUCUCUCCGUAUUGGCUUUGACGACAUCUUCCCAAGCAAAAAGGGAAAGCCUCAAGUACUGUAUGAUGGCCUCUUUACGUGAUAUACCUUCUUGGGGUCAAGUAUAUGUGAGAAAUUUGGCUUGCGAAAUUGUAGAAGAAAUGCAAAAGGAGGAUGGUACUCCAACUCCCAUUGAAUCCAUAAUGGGACCAGUCCUAGAAGUGGUCAGAUUCGAUAUGAAGAAUAAUGCUGAGCCUGAAGCUCUCGAUAUUUUGAUGGAGGUUGGUUAUCUUGAGUUGCUGUCCGGCAAAAGAAGUGCACAGUUUUUUGCCACACUACUUGGUCUUGUUGGGAUUACAAACUUCAAAAGGGCAUGCAUGUAUUUAACUAGCUGUUCCAGAUACGUCGCACCAGACAGCAUGGUCGCACUUUCAGCUGUGUUUUUUAUGUAUAUGAAGUUUGAGCAGCAUGCAAGUGCUUUACGGAUCGGACUUCUGCUCGACGACAAAAUGGAUGGUGGUUCGUAUGUGAAGAGUGUUUUUGCAGCUACUAAUGAUCUAUCCCUGAAGCGGCAGUUUGCACACAUGGUAGCACGUUAUGGUUUGAGCAUGGUGAGUGGUGACGAAAUGAAUGUAGAUUACAAUGAGAAGAAUUCUCUGCAGAAAAUAGUUAAUAACACCAUAUUGACUGAGGGGUACCUCACCCUUGCACGGGACAUUGAAGUCAUGGAGCCAAAAUCUCCAGAGGACAUAUAUAAGGUUCAUUUGAUAAGCGGAGAUGCUAAGAGACCUUACUUUGAUUCGGCAAGACAGAACAUGGCUGCUACAUUUGUUAAUGCAUUUGUAAAUGCUGGAUUUUGCCAGGACAAGCUCAUGACUGGCCCAUCAGAUUCUUUUGAAAAGUUGGUACUCAAGAAUGAUGAUUUAGGGAGAACUACUGCAGCAGCUAGUUUGGGAAUGAUACACAUGUGGGAUUCCGAUUCUGGACUUGCACAGCUUAACAAGUACCUGAGAAAAGAUGAUAGUUAUGUUGUUGCAGGAGCUUUAUUAGGUAUCGGAAUUGCCUCCUGUGGUGUGAAGAAUGAUUCUGAUACCACACUUGAUCUUAUUUCAAAGUAUAUCAGCACGGAUGCAUCAAUUGUGCGAACAGGAGCAAUUUUGGGUCUUGGUAUAUCUUAUGCUGGAUCCCGGAAAGACAAGCUUAAAGCUCUUCUCUCACAUAUCUUGAGUGACUGCCGAACAAAUUUGGAGGAGUUAGUGUUGUCUGCUGUCUCUUUGGGAUUAGUGUUUGUUGGUUCUUGCAAUGAAGAGAUUGCAGAAUCAGUCCUAUCUGUCUUGAGAGGUUGUAGUAAAGAGGAUCUUGCAGAGCCAAUCACACGUUUGCUUCCUGUUGCCGUUGGCCUUCUGUAUCUUGGAAAACAGGAGAGGGCGACGACCAUUGUUGAGGUUUCCCUAACAUUUGAUGAAACUAUCAAGAGCUACUGUGCCACUACUAUCAUGUCUUUGGCAUUUGCUGGAACAGGCAAUGUGAAUAUGGUUCAGCAUCUCCUUCGUAUUUGCUCACAUCAAGGUGGAGCUCACCGAGGGCCAGCAGUACUUGGAAUUGCCCUUGUUGCCCUGGCUGAAGAUUUAGAGGGUGAAAUGACUGUAAGGUCCCUUGACCACCUUUUAAGCUAUGGCGACCAUACUAUUAGAAGAGCGGUUCCUCUUGCUCUUGCGAUUCUGAGCAUAUCCAAUCCGAAGGUGAAUGUUAUCAACACGCUGAAAAGACUGAGUGAGGACACUGACAUUUUUGUAUCGAUGGGUGCAAUCAUUUCACUGGGCUUGAUAAGUGCUGGUACAAACAAUGCCCGAGUAGCGCGGUUUCUGCGUGAACUUUCGAGUCAGCCAGAUGAUGAUCAUCUAUUUUGUGUGAGGAUUGCACAGGGUCUUGUUCACCUUGGAAAGGGCUUGAUUACUCUUGAUCCAUGCCACUCUGAUGGCCUUCUUUUAUCCCCAGUGGCACUAGGUGGUCUUGUAGUUGUUUUGCACACGUGCCUCAACUUGCAGGCUACCAUUCUUGGAGAGUAUCCCUAUAUGAUGUACAUCUUGGCAGUUGCUAUGCAGCCCCGAAUGUUACUGACGGUGGAUGAGGAUUUGAAGCCUCUCCUUGUACCUGUUCGUGUGGGCCAGGCAGUUGAUGUGGCUGGUCAGGUAGGACAACCAAGAAUCAUCACCGGCUUCCGAACACACAACACCCCUAUGGUGCUCGCUGCAGGAGAGCGAGCUGAGCUGGCAACAGAAAAGUACAUACCACUGGCGCCAGUUUUGGAGGGCUUUGUGAUCUUGAGAAAGAACCCGGAGUAUUCUGAAGACUGACAUAUGGUGGGAGGGAUGGAGCUCUUGGGCAGCAUCUCAUUGUCAGGAGCAAGGGGCAGUCCAGGUGAAGGGGGGCCGGAAUUUUUCCAAGCUGUAACAAGUAUAGGACGUACAGAAACAGUGGUUGCAAUUUUGUGCUUCCCAGAACAAUGUGCAGAAACUGUCCAUAUUAACAUCUGUUUGGGAUGCAUGAUAUAGAUAUACUUGGUUUUCAAUUUGUC